AUGCACACGUUGACGAAGAAUUGCGGCAUGGAGUUCAUCACGAAGAAAAACCGAUGGAUCACGCCCACGGAGCUUUUCCUGCUGCACGCUUUCCCAGUGCGCCCGGAACUUGCAGAUCCUCAAGGCAUGGCUUUCGUAGCAACCAGUUUAGCGGUGCGUCGCGCCGACCGGCGCCGGAACGCGAUGCUCGACCAGGAGCUGCUGUACGCCCCAGACAUCCCCAUCGAACGACGCUUCCCGAACACAGCUGGGGUCGUGCGGCUUCAAAAGCUCAGGACUUGCUACGAGGUGAAGCAGAUGUCAUGUUCGACGGCAUGGUUUGGUUCGGCUGGGCAGGAAAAUUUCGUGAGGCACAAAGACAAUGACCGGGAGCAAAGUCACACUCUUCGCCACGCAGUUCACAGUAUCAAAAAAUAUGGCGUGGUCGAGGAGAACCGCGGGUCUGCUUUCUCUCAAUUAUCCCACGGUGACACGUUGCCCCACAACAUGAUAACAUUUGCGCACUACGCCAAGGGUUUCUACAUAGCUAAGCAGCAGUUCCCUGACAAUCCAAACGUCAAGUGCACGGAAAGAAAUGGAUUGCACGUCAUUGCUUUCAGUUCCAGGAUGCCCAAGGAGUGCGUUGCAUGGAUUCGGGAUUUCUCCAACCAAUUCGUCACUGGAGGUGUGAGUUUCGUUGAGACUAUCGAUUGGGUUCGAAUCGUUGAUGCGCAGUGGCUCGCCCAUGCAGAUGCAAACAAAAUCCAUAAAGUCGUUGGCGCCAAAGGCAAAGACUCACUCCGGUCCAAGACGUGGGAGUGGAUCAAUUCGAACCAUAAAGAUUUGGUCCCCCCCAAAGGGGAAAUCAUACCGACCAUGGGUGUCUUCGAGAAUGCGAAAGCACUCAUUUCUAAACUUGACGAGCUUGGAUGGGAACAAAAAUGGAGAGCGCACAUGUUCGCGAUCACUUGCUUCAAUGACGGUCGCGUCAAAACAUCUUCGGUCAUAAGUACACUGAAUAAUUGGUUGUUGUUCAUAUCCAAAAAGCAAGUGAAAGACGUGCUGUCAGAGGAGAACCUCGAGAUUUUUGCUUUCCAAGCUUUUGCCUUCAUGGUCCCAACGACUUCUCAGAAGGAGGAGGAGGAUAUCUCAGCAGGCAUGGGCGAUGAUGCCCCUGAUCCCAUCAGAGAGAGAUCUGGAGUGCUCGACGAGAUGGGCAUUGUUGACGUAGCCCUGCGUUCGGAUGGCACCCGCCCCCCGUGGAUCUUCUUUACGCAAGGCCGGGCCGACCAACCUGCCAUGUUCAAUUUGGCGCUCACAGAUAUAUCCCAAUCCAAAGUCUACGUGGCGGCCAUCGCAGACUUGAAAAAGUGCAGGGAGCUGGGCAUAUCUCUAGCGCAAGCGCCAGACGUGAGCAAACAGAAAAAGCGAGGCACUGGAGGCAAGGCGAAGCCCAACGCCAAACGCAGGAAACAGGCAGAGGUCCCUGGUGAAGGCGAUGCAGCUUCGCCUCCAGUUGCCCCCCCUGCGACAGACGGCGACGCUCAACCCGCAACGGGUGCGGGGGAAUCCCCGACGCCUGCCAGCAGCGAGUUGCCCCGCUUGCAGCAUAUGAAGCCCAUCCAGUUCGUUGAUGCAGUCAGCCUCGUCGACAGCUUGGUCUCCUCAGAUUUUGCGCUGAGCCGGCCCAUCACCUGGCUCGAGGACCUGCAGCUCGUGGUUGACUCGUCGAUCGAAGCCGCCACGGUUGGUUGGCCCACGGAGGACAGAUCUUCGACGUGCCGUCCCUUGAAAGAGUACGCUUUCUCCAUCGCCCUCGAAUUUCUAUUCAAAGAGCAGGUCACUAUGGGUAGGAAGUUAAUCAAAGGCUGGUCCUCCCUACGCGUAGAACUGAAGAGGGUGAUCGUGGAGGCUGCCCGGAAAUGUGCUGAAAAAUCCAUCAGGAGCCGCCCAGGCAUUACAAAGGACAGCAUCGCUGCAGCCCUCAAGACGCGUGAGUCAGCGCGCCGGGAGGCCGAAUCGGAUCUCUCAGAGAACGCGAAGAUGGUUGUCACCAUGGCCGACGACGAGGACGAGCGCUUCAGCAACUUCAAGAAGUUCUGCGCAGCCAACAACAGCAGGGUGCCCGUAGCGUACCAGCCAGCAGUUCAAUCCCUCGGACAGAACUUCAUUAACCAGCUCAUGUCUACCACGGGAGCCGAUUCAUUUCAGCCAACGGCCUCUUUGAAAGACGUGGUUACGGUGUUGUGGCCGCUCAUGCAGGAGUGCAUCAGCGAGCAUUGGCUCAGUAUGUGCAAGACCAUCGGCCAGGAGAUGGCACAUGUCGGCCGAGAUAUCCCGUCGAACGUGCUUGAGGUUUUCCCUGAUGUCGAUGUCACGAACGAGUUGUUGUCCAGGCGGAGCGCGUAUACUUUGCACAGCCUCACGGGAUUGUUUCUUCGAGCAGGAGCGACAAAAGAACUUAUCAUCACGCUCACAGACGAGAGAAAGGACCCGUUGGAUACACGUGCGUUGCAACUCUUGUCAGGGAAGCUCCAGGAGCUCAUGGUGAGCGGGGUUCUAGGUGGCAAACCUGCUGUUGCUCGGGAGAUUGCGAUCAUGGAUGGUCGCUUGAUCGGCGUGGCUCCCGGGGUGUGGGUCGCCGUCUGGUCGACGCUCAUCCAAAAAAUCUCUCGGCAGCUAACUGCUGGGACGAAACACCUUCUGGAAGAUACCACGAGGGUUGCGUUGACGCUGAACGGGGUGGGUGCGUCGGAGGAUCCAGCUGGGGCACAACGAGAGUUAGAUGCGGAUGAUGAUGGCGAGACCGAGCUUGGCGGCUUUGCAGAGGACAGCAGCGCCGCGAAGGAGGGCGAGAAGGACAUCUCUGUAAAGAAGGAGCCCGUGUCGGCUGACCAUCCCGCGCCGGGGGGCCCUCCUGGGGCGGCAGCCGGCAGCGAGCAGCAGCAAGAGGCGCCUCAGACAGGAGCGCCGUCAAAGGCUCCGCCAGAAGGGCCAACGCCAUCUGCGCAGGACAAUGACACUCCAGUGUUGGGGCCAGAUGGGUCACAGAUGGUUGAAUUGGGCUUGCUGAAGAAUAUCUUCAGCUACGUCGACACCGAGGCGCUGUCAGCAGCCACGCCUGCAAUCGCAGGAGAGACUGCCAGGAUGGCGUUUAUGACGAAACACUCCCAGAAAGACGCAGUGUUCAAAAUUCCCCAAAAAGAGCUUACAACUGCCUACGUCCACCAGCUAUGCCUCUUCCUCGAGCUGGAGAUGGUGAUCAUGGCAGGCUCGGAACCAGAGGCGGGUGACAAGGUGCGCGUGGCCAGCGGGCCGCAAACAGAGAGCCUGCUCUUCACCAGGGAGGCGAUGAACGACAAGCCAAUGUAUUUCGCGGGCCCUGUCAGGACCACUCGCGGCACUGACUCCUCGUUCCACAUCUGCACGAUAAGCGGCGUGGACGAGAACAACAGGGAGACGGGUAUGCAGAUUCCGUUGUACAUGGUGAAGAGCCCUGAGUACUCGACUUUAACUUCCUCUUGCCCGAUCCCAGCCUGGCUCGUGGCCGUGUGCGGCGAAGGGGAAUCCCCAAGCAUGCAACCAGUAUUCACGACCUUCAUUUUGGAACUACCUUAUAACCUGGAGAUUAACAGCACGAAGGAGAUCAAGGUUGCCUUCCCUGGAUUGGCGCCGAUUCCUGAUCUGCAGCAAGGCCCUGAUAAGCCCGGCGCAGUCCGCACGCUGACAAGGGAUAUGAUCCCAGGGGAGCUGCCGGACGGCGUUGCUCGUGGUAAAGGCAAAGGCAAAGGCAAAGGCAAAGGCCGGGGUCGUGGCAGGGAUGCCACAGCCUCAUCCAUGAACGAGCACCCUGUGCUGCAGGACCUCCUCGCUUUCGUGGGGGCCAAAGCAGCUUUGACCCAUGCCCAGGCGGCCGCGGGCCCUGCUGGCGCGCCCCCUGACGCGCCAGCGGAACAUCAGGAGAUCGCGACGGAGAAGGAUCGCAACAAGCUAUCCAAACACUUGAUGCGGUGAGGCCGUCUAGUCUUGAAUACCGUCACGAAUCGUGCCAGGCGGAAGCCGGCAGGAUGCAUUUUCACUUUGGAAAUGCUUCAGGGUAUCCACAGAUAUGCCCUCUGCAGAAGGGGA